ACGUUUAGCUAUAGCAUUUUAAAAUUACUUCAGUGAAUUUUGGUUUAAAAUAAAUAAAUAAAAUAAGACAGAUUUCCUCUGUUAACAUUCAGCAAUGUCAGGAAUUCCUCCGGACUCAUGGCAGCCCGCUACAGUUUCACUAGAGACGAGCAUGGGCACCAUUGCGGUGGAGCUGUACUGGAAACAUGCUCCUAAAGCCUGUAUGAACUUUGCAGAGCUGGGCAGAAGAGGCUAUUACAACAACACCAAGUUCCACCGAGUUAUUAAAGACUUCAUGGUGCAGGGUGGAGACCCAACAGGAACUGGUCGUGGUGGUGCAUCUAUAUAUGGAAAAAACUUCGAGGAUGAAAUUCAUCCAGAGCUGAAAUUCACAGGUGCUGGAAUCCUGGCAAUGGCUAAUGCAGGUCCAGACACAAAUGGCAGUCAAUUUUUCCUGACUUUGGCCGCCACGCAGUGGCUUGAUGGUAAACACAGCAUAUUUGGAAGAGUUUGUCAAGGCAUUGGCAUUCUUAAUCGAAUUGGCAUGGUAGAGACGAACAGUCAGGAUCGCCCUGUCGAUGAGAUAAAGAUUCUCAGAGUGACUCUUCCUAACUAACACAUCAUACUUACAGAUUAUGUUGUACAGUGUUUAACAAUAAACUUUUUUGUACUUUU